UGUUGCCGAAUACCGAAUUAUGGUGUUAAUGGUAUUAAUGCCGAAUCAAAUGCCUAUAGCAAAAAAAAUACGUGUAGUUCUUCUGUUGCUGAUAUAAAAAUCACUGAAAAAAUUCUUGGCAGUGCUAAUUAUUCUCAGGACAAUAAAAAUCCUUGGAUAAAAUCUCUAGAAAAUGAGGAAAAUUGGAAGAUAAUUGGUUAUGAUAAAAUCUUUCUGCUAUUUAAAUUAUUAGUAAAAAUUCCUGGCUAUGAAAGUCAUAUGUUCAGUACUUGUGCAUUAAAAGCAACAAAAUGCCCUUCUUGUAUUGAACCAAGCACCACAAACAAUAAUUCAGAUUUAGAAGAGAUUAUUCAUAAUCAAUAUAAUUCUAAUUAUCAUCCAGGCACAUCAACGAUUGCCGUUGGUGCUUAUUUUCAAAA